AUGACCGAGUAUUCUGCAUCGAAUCGAGUAGAGACUGCGAUUAACAAGCAUCUUGCAAAUGAAGAAGAAGGAAAGCAGUCUCGCCAUACGGGACGUGAUGACAGAGCCACAACGGAAAACGUCAUGGAUCCUAGAACCCGAUUCAUUCUCUUCCAGAUGUUGAACCGCGGUUUGCUAACAGAAAUGAAUGGGUGUGUAAGCACUGGAAAGGAAGCAAAUGUGUACCAUGCAAUUGGAGGGAAUGGAAAGGAACUGGCAGUAAAGAUCUAUAAAACGUCAAUCCUUGUGUUUAAGGAUCGAGAGCGUUACGUGGCUGGAGAUUUCCGGUUCCGCCACGGUUUCAACAAGUCGAAUCCGCGCAAAAUGGUGGCAAUGUGGGCAGAAAAGGAAAGAAGAAAUUUAGGCCGUCUCUACGCUGCUGGUCUUCCAGUCCCUCAAACAUACAGCCUAACUCGAAACGUUUUGGUUAUGGAGUUCUUAGGCCAGAACGGUUGGCCAGCUCCUCGAUUGAAGGAUGUCGAGCUAACCAAGAAGAGUUACAACCGCAUUUACCUUCGUCUGGUUCACCUCCUCCGCGACAUGUACCAGAAAUGCAGAUUGGUGCACGGAGAUCUCUCGGAGUACAACUUGUUAUACUAUAACAAGGACGUUUGGAUCAUCGACGUGUCGCAAUCCGUGGAGAUCGAUCACCCGAACGCCCUUCAUUUCCUUCGAAGCGACUGCAAGAACGUCACGGACUACUUUGCGAAAAAUGGAGUGGAGGUAAUGGCUACCAAGGAGUUGUUCGACUUCGUCACACGCCACACGCUGCAGGAGAGCGAAUACGACAGCUACAUCGAGCGAGCGAUCGAAGCAUCGCGCGCGAUCAUGCAGAGCGGCAGCUACCAGAACGAGGAGCAAGUGUUCAUGUCUGCGUUUAUCCCGCAGAAUCUGUUCGAAGUGGUGCACAUCGAGAAGGAUAUUAGCAACUUGAAGCGCGGAAACAUCCAGGAAAUCUUUUAUUCCGCGCUCACCGGGAUCGAUAUCGCCAUGAAACAGGAGGAAGAGCAAGCCGAAGAGGCGGAGGCAGAAGAGGAGGAAGAGAAUGGUGGAAACGGUGGAAACGGUGGAAACAGCGAAGAAGAAAGCGAAAAUGAGGAAAGGAGUGGGUUUGAAGUAGAAUAUAAUGACGAGGAAGUGAGGAGGGUGUUGGAAGAACAUACAGUGCCGAUUGAAGCGACAUUAGCUGAUGAUGAAGUGGAGGCCGUGGAGACGGUAGAAGAGGUGAAGGAAGUGCCGUAUACGCUGAAGAAUGCAACGAAAGAGGAAAAGAAGGCGCAUAAACAGCUGGUGAAGGAGCAGAAGCGAGAAAAGAGGAAGACAAAGAUUCCGAAGAGUGUGAAGAAGCGAGCUCAGAAGCAGGCGAAAUUGAGAAAGUAGUCGUUUUAGAAUU